GCAUGUGGAGGCAGAGGCUACUCAACAAAUUCGUUGAGACUGGUCUACACUAGUGUCUAUUUAAGUAAUUUGUCCACUCGCAUAACUUUUCGAACAUGAAUCAAACAGCCAGCGUCUCUCAUCAAAUACCAUGCCAGUCAUCCAAGGAUAUCAAGGACUUUGUAGAGGUGAGUCCCCAGCAGAGGAACUGGAAGGGGAUAGCCAUCUCCCUGCUGGUCAUAGUGGGGGGUGUGCUCCCUCAUCACCAUGUCUGUGGUGGUCCUCACUCCACUGGGGAGGUGGCAGGUGGCAGUAACUCCAGACUGAUCUCAGAUGACCUGUUCAGGCCAGAGUUCAGCCUGCACCACCCAGAGCCCAAAUGGAUCAGCAAUUCUGAAGUUCUGUACCGAAACGGAGAUGGACACGUGAUCAAGUUUAACUUUGUCGUAAACAAAACAGACAUGUUCCUGACCAACAGCGUGUUUGUGGAUUUCAAAGUUGCUAGGUAUUCUGUCUCCCCAGACAUGAAAUAUGCACUCUUCGCCUAUGAUGUCAAACGGGUUUACAGGCAUUCGUACACUUCGUCAUACAUCGUUUACAACAUCCACACAAGGGAGGUGUGGGAAUUGAACCCCCCUGAGGUUCAGAAUGCAGUGCUCCAGCAUGCAGCCUGGGGGAUGCAGGGACAGCAGCUGAUGUACAUCUUUGAAAACAACAUCUAUUACCAAUCAGAUGUGAGAAGCAAUUCUCUGAGGAUCACGUCCUCCGGGAAGGAGGGAGUCAUUUUUAAUGGGAUCGCUGACUGGUUGUAUGAAGAGGAGCUUCUGCGGUCGUAUGUGACCCACUGGUGGUCUCCCGACGGGGCAAGGCUGGCCUACCUGACGAUCAACGACAGCCUGGUGCCCAACAUGUUGCUUCCCCAGUUCACUGGUAGCACAUACCCCACAGGACUACAUUACCCAUACCCCAAGGCGGGCCAGCUGAACCCCACCGUCCGUGUGUUUGUGGUCAACCUAUUUGGGCCCACACACACCCAGGAACUGGUGGCUCCCAGUGACCUCCACUUCAGGGACCGCUAUGUGACGAUGGUGGAGUGGAUCAGCACCACCCACCUCAGCGUGCGCUGGAUGAACCGUGCCCAGAACGCCUCGCUGCUCAGCGUGUGUGAAGCCGCGGCGGGGUCGUGCGUCCAGAGACACGAAGAGACGUCAGAUCUCUGGCUCACAGGACAGGACCAGAAGCCCAUGUUCUCUCAGGACAUGAGCCGGUUCUUCCUCACCACCCCUGUGAGGCAGGGCGGACAUGGCGAGUUCAACCACAUCACCAUGUUUACCAGGAAGUCCAGGAGCGAUCAGAGCGAGGUCCGUCACCUGACGUCCGGGAGCUGGGAGGUCACCAGGAUCCUGGCCUACGAUGAGGACAACCAGAUCAUAUAUUUUCUCAGUACUGAGGAUUCACCACAAAAGCGACAUCUGUACAGUGUGUCUGCCGUCGGUGUGUUUCCACGGCAAUGCCUGACCUGCCAGCUGAACCAUGAGUGCAGCUUCUAUGAUGCCGAGCUCAGCCCCAGCACCCAGCACGUCCUGCUGCGCUGUCGAGGCCCAGGUGUCCCCAUGGUCAUGUUGCUGAGCUUCCAGAAUCCCAACUCGUACUAUAUCCUGGAGAACAACGCUGCUGUCCGAGCUGCUUUGGAGAAGAAAAAGACCUUUAAGAUCGAAAUCAGGGCCAUUCCACAUGAACACUUUGAACUUCCUUUGAAAUUGACCUAUCCUGUUGACUUCUCUGAAUCUUUUUUCUACGGCCUUCUCUUGAUUGUAGACGGCAGUCCUGGCAGCCAGUCUGUGAGUGAUGAGUUCCAGCUGGGCUGGGACUCUGUGCUGGUCAGCUCGGAGGACGUCAUCGUGGCCCGUGUGGAUGGCCUGGGCUCAGGCUACCGGGGCCAGCGAGUCCUGCACCAGGUCCAUAAGAAGCUGGGGACCCUUGAAGUCCAGGACCACAUUGCUGCAUUGGAGUACUUGAUGAAACUUCCAUAUGUUGAUCGCUCACGCAUUGGGAUCUACGGAAAGGGCUAUGGUGGUUACAUCUCCUUAAUGUUACUGAAGUCGACAGACAAAAUCAAGUGUGCCGUUGCCAUGGCUCCGGUGACUAAUUGGACUAUGUAUGCUUCGGCAUUUUCAGAGCGAUACUUGGGCCUUCUGUCGGAAGGUGAAAACAGAUAUCAAGCUUCUAGUGUGCUGCAGAACAUGAAAACACUUCACGGAAAGGAUCUGCUUUUGGUUCACGGAACUGCAGACACAAAUGUUCAUUUUCAGCAUUCGGCAGAACUCAUUCAACGUUUAAUAAAGAUUGGGGCAAACUACUCGAUGCAGAUUUACCCGGACGAAGGCCAUUUCCUGUCACCUAAGAGCCAGCGGCACUUCACGGAGUCCCUGAUUGGCUACUUCAGAGUGUGUCUGCAGGGAUACGGAUCAUUGUUACCCGAGCAACCGAAGGAGGAGGAGUGACGGGGCCUCCGGACAAGCAAGGAAAGCUGUUAGCACUGUGCUGGGGAUUGAGAUGUUGGCACAGGAUUGUUGUGUGUGUGUGUGUGUGUGCGUGUGUGUGCGUGUGUGUGUGUGUGUGUGUGUGCGUGUGUGUGUGUGUGUGUG